AUCACACGCUCAGCUGGGCCCAGGAAGCCAAGCUGCGAUGGACGCCAGCUCCGAGCGCCAGGACGCCACACGACGGACUCGGAGAAUGAAGGACAGACUAUGACGUUGGCAGGUGGAGUGGAGUGAACAUGUCAGUUCCCAACACCUACGGCCUGGUGUUCGCCUGCACCUGCGCCAUGAUCCUGGGUGUGGGACUGGGCGCCAACCUGCUGGUCUUCUCCUUAUUCGCCAAGUACAAGACGCUGCGUAAGAACCGCCUGGACAUCCUCCUGCUCAGCAUGUCCCUGGCCGACUUCCUCACCCUGCUGCUCAUCCCCCUCACCUUGCACUCAGCCCUCAGCCACUCCUGGCCUCUGGACGACGUGGCCUGUAAGGUCUACCAAUUCCUGUUGGCCUUCAGCUUGGCGGCCAGCACCUACUCGCUGUGCGCCGUGUCCAUGGCGAGGGCCAUGAUCAUCACCAACCCCUACCAGCCUCCAGCUAUGGACCUGGUCAUCCUCAUGUUCGUUCUGGUCUGGGCCCUGAGCUUCCUCAUCAGCCUUCCCCUGAGAAUGUUUGCCACCAAAGAGAUCCUGAGCUCCAGCCUGGUCGACUUCUCCUUCUGCCUUCCUACCCUCCACGAGCAUCACUACCAGGUGGUCCUCAGCCAGUUUGUGCUCUUCUACUUUGUACCCAUGCUGGUCAUUGCCUUCAAUUACAUCCGCCUGGCUCUGUUUCUCCACAAGAGUCCAGUCAUGUCCAUACCUAGCGCCAGGAACACUCGGCGAGCCUCGGUCAUGGUCUUCUUGGCGGCCGCGACCUUCUCAGUGUGCUGGCUACCAGGCUACGUGCUGGAGCUAUGCGUCUACUUAGGGGUCUACCGACACGGACGAGCCUGGGAGCUCUUCUACUUUAUGUGCACGGUGCUCCAGUACCUGCACCCCUGCAUCAACCCUCUCCUCUACGUGCUGCUGUCCAGGCGCCACAGGAGGGCGGCCCGGCUCUUCGGCUGUCGCCGGAACAGAGUGCGGCCGCAGAUCAUCAGCGCGUCCGCGGACAGUUCGGCUCACAUUUCGUAAUCAACUUGUUGGAUACAAAACUCCCUUUAAAAAAGGCUAGACUGAGGACACACAUUGUUCGUCCCCAUGGUUUUUCAACGCAGUCUGGUGCCAGGAUUUGAGAAACAGAAAAGUAUCUGUUGCCAUGUUUCAACAUCUUUGGAAACAAAAACACGGCUUCAGCAAGACUCAAGGAAUCUUUCCUGGUUGGCGAAUCGGCCAAAGAGCUUCCCUUGGCAACAGAAGUAUGAAUCACUAAGUAUAGGGACAGGUAUUUUCACAUUUCAAUUCACAGUACUUGGGAAUCGAAAACGAUAUUUAACUGUUGCUCAGAAAGGUUCGUUAUGUCUUCUUAUUCAUAUACUUUCUCAAAUGUCCUUGUAAUCAGACCAUAAAAUCAGACUUCCAUCUGAUAUACCGAAGACGUGGUCUGAUUACAAGAACAUUUGAAGAAGUAUACGAAUAAGAAGACAUUUUGGAGCAACUUUAAGAAAGACUUGGACACGAAGGUGUUGCCUAUAGGAACAGUUGCUAGGCAACACGUGACAGUGGUCAGGUGACCCUUCUGAAGAAGACUGGUGAUGACAGACCAAACAUGUCAGGUCAAGAUUCCAUCUAAUAUACCCAAAAUACAGUCUGAUUAAAGUUAAAGUACCAAUGAUAGUCACACACACACUAGGUGUGGUGAAACUACCCUCUGCAUGUGACCCUGGGAGGUGAGGGGAGCAGUGAGCAGCAGCGGUGGCCGCCCCCUUGAAUCGUUGUUGGUGAUUUAACCCCCAAUUCCAACCCUUGGUGCUGAGUGCCAAGCAGGGAGGUAAUGGCUCCCAUUUUUUUAUAGUCUUUGGUAUGACUCGGCCGGGGUUUGAACUCACAACCUUACAAGAAAAUUUGAAAAAGAUAUUUAACGGUAGCACUUUUUUGGUACUUUUGUGUGUUCAAUUGUUAAUUGUUUAAUAAUAAAAUCAUUCUUUCAUCAACAUUGAAAGCUGAGAUGUUCCCCCAGUAGUACUGACAGACUGUACUCUGCCUACAUACUCUGCCACGAGAGCCUCCCCCUGACCUUUGACCUUCUCUCUAUGGCCUCCUGCUGCGUGGUCAU